AUGAAGGAGACCAAGAGGGACCAUUCUCGCAUCUGCACCGUUCGCCCUGUCUCGGCCCCUCUGCGGGCUCUCGCAGCCCUGUGGCCACGUCACUGCUGUCCCACACGUCGGUCCACACGCAGCCCCCCUGUUGGCAGGGACCAGGCUGGUUGGGUCUUUUCCCUGGCCGGUGGAAGCCCAGCUCUGGAGUCAGCCCAGCUGAGGGGGUCUUUCCCGCCCAGAGCGACCCAGUGGUCCUGGCUUCAUCUCCAAGCACGACAAACAAGCACCUCCUUGUGGAAGCCCAUCUACCUGCAGGUAACUCCCUGCCUUUGCUUAGGUGGAGCCCCCAAGCCGGCCCAGGCCCGUGGGACCGCACAGCUCUGCCUCCUCGCCCGCAUUUCCCGUAUCUGCACCAGAAAUACUCCAGGACUCAGCCGGCCGAGACCGAACCCUCCUCCACGGGAAGUGGGGUCCUGGGGGAACGACGCCAUAAAUACUCCAAAACAGGCAGCUGCCCAGGGCGCCCGGGUUUUCACGGCCUCCUCCGGCCACCCAAGGACCCUGCAGGUGUCGCCUGGAGCCAGGAACCCAAGAUCCGGCCUUUCCCAGAGCACCUCCCAGAACCCAGUGGACCCCUCCUCUCCUGACUGUCCUCUCUCCACCUCCGGCUCUUCCCCAUCCCGGUGGCGCCUCAACGCCCUGCUCUCGCCGGCCGGCGGCCCCCACUGGAAAGCGAAGCCGGGCCAGACCAGCAACAGUGGGAGACAAGCGAUCAAGGGACCCCGUGAAACUGAGCAGCCCACGUUCCCGAUGCUCCACGUCGUGCUCGGGUCAUUCGCCUGGGAAACGCUGGGGACACUGAGGGCAGGCGAGUUUUAA